CAGGAAGUGAUGUAUUAGGAAGUGCUCCAUUACUUUGUCAAGAGCUGGUUAAACAGUAUUAUUAAUCUAUCCAAGCCAUCCCUUCUUUUCCAAACAUUUUGAGUGACAAUAUAAUUUCACACUCAAAUUUGUGGUCCAACACAACUCGUACCUGUUCCUUGGAGGAAGCUUUUUAACGGAGAGUUUAGCUGCCUGUGAAUCCCAAUAUAAGACCCGGGGUCACAUUAGGUGUAACAGUACAACCAUAUUCAAAUUAAACUCAAUCAGUCAGCCCCCACAACACAUCUCAGCAGUGACAGCAGACCAAAUAGCCCAUCAACUGAUUCUCAAUGGCACGCCCCCUACAAACAGCAUCUGAAGGACAACAGUUAUGAAGGAUCAACUUCACCAAAUACUACAACAAGAUGACGGUACUCUACUGGAACCUGUCGCACUUGCAGAAAUCAAAAAAGAAAUUAAACAACUAAAACAGAACAAAGCAGCAGAAAUAGAUGAAAUUUCAAAUGACUUCCGAAAGCACUUUGGACCAAAAGCUCUCAGAUGGUUGCAAGCUUUCUACUAUGACUGCCUGACAACCUCAAACACCCCCAAAGACUGGCAAACACGAUGGGCAAUCGCUUUUCUGAAACCACAUAAAGACCCUACAAACCCCAAGAACUACCGCAUAAUCUCCCUCCUUUGUACCACAUACAAACUAUAUUAAAAACUGAUACUCAACCACAUCUCACCAGCAAUAGAAAGCCAACUCAUCCAAGACCAAGCAUAAUUUGGACCUGGACGCUACGCCUGUGACCAGGGGGGGAGACCGGCAGCCAAAAUGGAGGUGAAAACUAAAUCACUUCUAGACAACAUGAUUGGGGUCGGUGACAUGGUCCUCCUGGAACCCUUGUCGGAAGACUCCUUCAUUGAGAACCUGAGGAAACGCUUCGACCAUAAUGAGAUAUAUACAUACAUUGGCAGUGUGGUCAUCUCAAUGAACCCCUACAAGUCGAUGCUCAUCUACAGCCCAGAAAAAGUGGAAGAGUAUCGCAACAGAAACUUCUAUGAACUUAGUCCACACAUUUAUGCUUUGGCAGAUGAGGCCUAUCGGUCACUAAGAGACCAAGACAAGGACCAGUGCAUUCUUAUUACUGGGGAAAGUGGAGCUGGGAAAACUGAGGCCAGUAAGCUGGUGAUGUCAUAUGUGGCAGCGGUGUGUGGGAAGGGCCAAGAAGUGAAUAAGGUCAAGGAACAGUUACUGCAGUCCAAUCCUGUGCUGGAAGCCUUCGGAAAUGCCAAAACAGUGAGGAAUGACAACUCCUCUAGAUUUGGGAAGUACAUGGACAUUGAGUUCGACUUCAAAGGAGAUCCUCUGGGCGGAGUCAUCAGCAAUUAUCUGCUGGAGAAGUCCCGUGUGGUAAAACAGCCAAGAGGAGAGAGGAACUUCCACAUAUUUUAUCAGCUCUUGUCUGGAGCUUCUGAUGACACACUAAAGAAACUGAAACUUGACCGGGACUUCAGCAAGUACAACUACUUAAGCCUUGAUUCUGCUGUAGUAAACGGGCUGGAUGACGCCACUUCUUUUAGGACAGUCAGAAAUGCAAUGCAAAUUGUGGGCUUUAUGGAGGAUGAGGUACAGUCGGUACUCGAGCUGGUUGCAGCUGUCCUGAAACUGGGCAACAUCGAGUUCAAGCCAGAGUCACGCUGUAACGGCACAGAUGAAAGCCGUGUCAAAGAUAAAAACGAUCUAAAAGAGAUGUGUGAGCUGCUGGGGAUCGAACAGUCUGUGCUGGAAAGGGCAUUCAGCUAUCGCACCGUUGAGGCAAAAUUGGAGAAAGUGUCCACUACCUUGAAUGUGGCCCAGGCCUAUUACGCCCGUGAUGCCCUUGCCAAAAACCUCUACAGUCGUCUGUUUAGCUGGAUUGUUACUCGGAUCAAUGAAAGCAUAAAGGCACAAGCUAAAACCCGCCACAAGGUCAUGGGUGUGCUGGACAUCUAUGGCUUCGAGAUAUUUGACGACAACAGCUUUGAGCAGUUUAUCAUCAACUAUUGCAACGAGAAGCUGCAGCAGAUCUUCAUCGAGCUGACCUUGCGUGAGGAGCAGGAGGAGUACAUCAGAGAGGACAUUGAGUGGACCAACAUUGAGUAUUUCAACAAUGCCAUUAUCUGUGACCUCAUUGAGAACCACCAAAAUGGCAUUUUGGCAAUGUUAGACGAGGAGUGUUUGCGUCCGGGAACGGUCACAGACGAGACCUUCCUUGACAAACUGAACACAGUCUGUGCUCAACACCAGCACUUUGAGAGUCGUCUCAGCAAGAAUUCAAAGUUCCUUACUGACCACAGCUUGCCUCACAGCUGCUUCCGCAUCCAGCACUAUGCCGGGAAGGUGCUGUACCGUGUUGAAGGCUUUGUGGACAAGAACAAUGACCUACUAUAUCGGGAUUUGUCCCAAGCCAUGUAUAAAGCCAAUCACAGUCUGAUCAAACAUCUGUUCCCUGAGGGAAACCCAGCCAAAGUCAACCUUAAGAGGCCGCCAACCGCUGGCUUCCAGUUCAAAGCGUCAGUGGGCACUCUAAUGAGGAAUCUGCAGACCAAGAACCCCAACUACAUCCGAUGCAUCAAGCCGAAUGACAAGAAAGCUCCCCACAUCUUUACCGAGUCGCUGGUUUGCCAUCAAGUGCGGUACUUGGGCCUGAUGGAGAAUGUCCGCGUGAGAAGAGCAGGGUAUGCCUUCCGCCAGGCAUAUGAGCCCUGCCUGGAGCGCUACAAAAUGCUCUGCAAACGGACAUGGCCACAUUGGAGAGGUCCUGCUAGGGAAGGUGUGGAGAUGCUUAUGGCAGAUCUUCAGGUUCCUGCUGAGGAGUUCUCCUAUGGCCGCUCUAAAAUCUUCAUCAGGAAUCCUAGAACGCUCUUCUUCUUAGAGGAAAGGAGAAGGCAGUGCCUGCAAGAUCUGGCCACGCUCAUUCAGAAAAUCUACCGUGGCUGGAAAUGCCGCACUCACUUCCUAUUGCUGAAAAAGAGUCAGAUUGUGGUGGCAGCAUGGUACCGUCGCUAUGCGCAAGAAAAGAAAUACCAGAAGAUCAAGCGCGCCACCACUGUAGUGCAGUCUUACACCAGAGGAUGGCAGGCUCGCAAACUACUGAGAGAGCUGAAACAUCAGAAGAGGUGCAAGGAGGCCGUAACCACCAUUGCGGCUUACUGGCAUGGUACUCAGGCUCGGAUGGAGCUCAGACGUCUAAAACAAGAAGUGCUGAAUAAACAUGCUGUGACAGUAAUUUGGGCAUACUGGCAGGGAACCAAGGCACGGAGGGAGUUGCGUCAGCUGAAGGAAGCGGCGAGGAAUAAACAUGCUGUGUCGGUCAUUUGGGCCGGCUGGCAGGGCACCAAGGCUCGCAGGGAGCUGAGGAGACUGAAGGAAGAGGCCAGGCGUAAGAAUGCUGUCGCUGUGAUUUGGGCCUACUGGAAGGGACUCAAGGUGCGCAGAGAGUACAGAAAAUUCUUCAGGGCAAAUGCAGGAAAAAAGAUCUAUAACUUCACCAUCCAGAGAAUUAUGCAGAAAUACUUCCUGGGUCUGAAGAGCACGUUGCCCUCCAUGUCGCCCAUUGACAAGAACUGGCCUGUCCGACCGUACAUUUUCCUGGAUGGAGUCCACACGGAACUUCGCAGAAUCUUCCAUCUAUGGAGGUGCAAGAAAUACAGGAGUCGAUUCACAGAGGACAAAAAGGCGGUGUAUGAAGAGAAACUGGAGGCAAGUGAACUUUUCAAGGACAAAAAGGCUCUCUACCCGAGCAGCGUGAGCCAGCCAUUCAAAGGAGACUACUUGGAGAUCAGCAAAAACCCCAAGUAUCAGAAACUCAAUAGUUCCGUCGAUGAAAAGGUUCUUCUCGCUGAUGUGGUCAACAAGAUCAACAGGGCCAAUGGAAAAGGUGCUACUCGCAUCCUCCUGCUGACAAAGAAGAACGUGGUCCUGGCUGACCAGAAGACAGGCCAAGUGAAGGCUAGUGUGGCUCUGCCCGACCUCACCAGCGUUUCAGUCAGCACGCAGAACGAUGGCUUUUUUGCACUCAGACUUAAAGAGGGCUCCGCCUCGGCCGUCAAAGGAGACUUCCUGCUCAGCAGCGAGCACUUGAUCGAGACCAUCACCAAACUCCAUCACAUCGGCUCCGCCGCCUCAGACGGGGAGCAGCUGAACGUGGACAUCGCGGACGAGUUCCUGGUGCAGUUCAAGCAGGACAAAGUGUGCGUAAAGUUCAUCCAGGGAGCUCCCAAGAACGGCAACGGCGCGUCCUGCAAGCGUAAAAACAACCGCCUGCUGGAGGUGUCGGUGCCUGCAUCUGCAUAGUCCCUGCUGCGCUGUCCUGGAGGGCUCAGACUGUGGCGAAGUAAGGCCUGAAGCAAGGAUCGCCACCCCACACGGUGCAUUUAUUCGGCUUCUUUUUCUUUACGAGGGCAAAGAAAGUCCUAAAUUGGGUUGCAUGCCACAUAAAUAUGGUAAAGCGUUUCACUGGUGUUUAGUAAAACCAGAAGAUAAAAACUAAUUGGGGGACUACUUGAGAUUUGUGAUACAGGGGGUUCGGCUUUGAUGCUAAUAUGGUUUAAUGCGGUCCAAACUGGCCUUGACUCGUCCACUUUUUAAGCAGCUACGUCUGGCACCGCUUAAAAUGGGAAUUGUAGUUUGGGGAGCUGUGGGCCGUCGCCUGUUCGCAUCAAGAACUUUCAAUACUGCACUUGCUUUUACACCUUGAUAUAACCAAAUGAGGUUGAAUUUGAUUGUAAUAUGUUAUUUUGUCUGCGUGUGGGGAGGGGGGCGAUGAAAAGAAAGCACAGUUGGCUUUGGAAUUGUUUUGUGAGAUUAUUAUAAAACCACUUGUUUUUUAUCCAUAAUGUGCCAUCGAACAGGGCCAAUGACUUGUCACGUCUCAGUGUGCAAAUGCAGAAUUAGAAUUGUUAACAAUAAAUGCCAAAAAAAAAUGUGUGGGAACGUGGAGCAUAUCAGCAUGUGGCGCUGCACACGUGAUCAAUAUCCUCUUCCUACAUGCCAGUGUGAUCCAUGCCAAGCUUUAUUUAAUCUGCAAAAAUAAAAAAAAAAGGAUUAAAGACUAAA